AUGACUAUCAAGCUCGGUCGGACGUGGUUCUCACUGCUGUUAGCUUUCGCUCUGUUUGCACCUGCCUCCAGUACGAGAACUGUCAAGACUGAAGAUUUGAAUAGUGCGGUGGACGGUCAAAUAAAUGGGAACGUGAGGAAGGACAUGAGACCAACGUUCGGUGAAGAUGGUGGCAGUCUCGGAGAGAGAAUGCUCAGCCAUAAAAGUAUACCAGGUGCUGCGAAGCUUAAAAGUCUGGUCAACCCGGGGGAAGCGAUGUUUCGAAAAGCUACAGCAAAGAAAAUGUCCGAAAAAGAGAAAGCCACGCAAAACCUUUUUUAG